AUGAUAGCCUCAAUUCUUUGCCUUUGCUUCUCAACCUCAUGGACAUUCCGAACAUCGGCCAGUGAGAAUUUCGCCACAGCAGAAUUUGCCAACAUUUCAAAUCUAUUCGAUUCUCCCCUGGAUAUCUGUGAGGGUACUCGGGCUGAUAACUUAAAAGUGCGGAAGGAUUGCUUUACAGAACCCGUGAAAGGUUUAGUGAUAUUGGAUAUGGUGUUGAAUGUAGUGCUCACUGGAGAAUUCCUGCUCAAGGUUCUUCUUGCACCUGACAAACACAAAUUUCUUACCUCCGUUGUCUCGAUCAUUGAUAUGGUGAAUCUUUUCACCUAUUGGAUAUAUAUAAGUGUAUUCUAUUUUACUUACUAUCACAAAAAGCAGAUUUUUGACACUCUUGACCCGUCCAAAAUUGUUGACAGACCUCCUAACAAUCUCUGGCUCCUGAAUAUACUCUCAAUGACUCAGAUAAUGCGAAUAUUGAGAAUUUUUAAGGUGUCAAAGAUUUCUCGAGGUCUUCGAGUGCUAAUGCUGACUGUAAAGAAGUCCAUCCCUGAAUUGAUGCUAUUGGCCUUUCUUCUGAUGAAUGGAAUGUUCUUUUUCUCUUGCAUGAUUUACAUGGCUGAGUACAGUGUAAAUGAUACAUUCGCGAACAUUCCAGAGGCCUUUUGGUGGUCGAUUAUUACCCUCACAACAGUUGGAUAUGGUGAUACUUAUCCAAAGGGCACCGCAGGGUACAUUGUGGGCUCCAUGGCAGCUAUUUGCGGUUGCAUAGUUACAGGGUUAGCAAUUCCUAUCAUCGGCAACAACUUCAAUACAUACUACAUGUAUAUGAAGAAUCAGCUGAAGGAAGAUAAGUAUCUGAAAGAGCUGAGAAGAGAUAUCAACUCAGUGAGCGGUAAUAAUAUCAUGAAAGGUCUUGGAGGAUUUGCAGAGAAAACGGGUAUUCCAAUGCUGCAGAGAAAAUACAGACAGUUCCGCGGAGAUAAACAGUAUCCAGUUAGUAAUAGGGUAACUAAUGCCAAUGCAGCCAAGAGAGAGGAAGGUCGACGGAAACCAAAGCCAGUACUUUCUCCGAAUAAAAGGAAAUUCGUCCCAGAGAGUGAUACUUCAGAAAAUUUGACAAAGAGUCUCUUAAUGGGAUCGGCGAGCAGAUCAGUUGGUGCCGAUGUGAAUAAUCUUGGUGAGAAUACUCGAACAACUACUCUUGAGCGAAUGUCGGUCAGUGAAACAGCGGAUCAUAGGCAGAGUAUAGGCAUGCAUUCAGACCCCAUUGCAGACCGUCGAGCAAGUAUGCUUCAUCCACUAGCGACAGAUGGUUUAUUGAAUUUGAUACCUUCGUCAGAAAUCCACACAUCUGGAAGUCUUAUACGGCCUGAUUGGGAGGAACCAAGUGAGAUGGAACUGGAAGAGAUUCGAUACAUCCAUGCAGCAUUAAGAAAUAGACGAGCAAGUAACGCGGAUCGGGAAAGCUUGGGAAGCAGUAUUAACCAGCAACCCAAUAGGGUACCCUUCGCCUCUGAAUUCACUGCAAGCCCAAAUGAACAACACCUAGACCAAAUGCCUGGGGACGACAAUUCCUUCUAUUCUACAGCAGACUUCUGCAAGCUCAGUAACCUUCAAAACAAUACUGGCUUGAAGCGCAACUAUGUAUGA